ACUGCCCCCUCCCCUCUCAGAAGCUUCCUGUUGGAGCUUCCUGUGGACUGACAGGCAGCUCCAGAGGCCAGACGGUCCCAGGGGGAGGCCCAGCCCCGAGGACCCUGGAGAUGUUCUUGCUGCUGCUGCCGCCCCUGCUGUGGGCAGGGUCCCUGCAGGAGAAUCCGAGGGUGGAGAUACAAGUGCCAGAGUCGGUGACGGUGCAGGAGGGCCUGUGUGUCCUCGUGUCCUGCACGGUGUCCUCUGUCGGGGUUGGCUUGAAUGAUCCCACACCUGCCUACGGCUCCUGGUUCCAGAAAAGGGUUAGUGCCCCAAAGGACGUUCUCGUGGCCACAAACAACCCAGCCAGGACAGGAAAAGCGAAGACCAAGUUUCCAUUCCUCCUCUCCGGGGACCCCAAGACCAACAACUGCUCUUUGAGCAUCGCAGGCGCCAAGAAGGGGGACAGUGGACUCUAUUAUUUUCAACUGGAGAGAGGAGGGGACUUGAGAAACACUCACAAGAGUGUCCUGGUCCCCGUGACAGUGAGAGCGCUCACACAGACCCCCGACAUCCACAUCGACCGGCCCCUGGAAUCUGGCUGCCGCAGCCACCUGACGUGCUCCGUGCCGGGGGCCUGUUUCCAGCCGACGCCCCCCAUCGUCUCCUGGACUGGGGCCGCCCUCGGAGCCCCGGGCCUGGACUUGAGGGCCUAUAACUCCUGGGAGAUCUCGCUCACCCCCCGCCCGCAGGACCACGGCACCAACCUCACCUGUCGGGUCACCUUUCCCAGGGCUGGCGUCAGCACCGAGGGGACCCUCACCCUCAGCGUGUCCUAUGCUCCAUGGGACCUGACCAUCAGCAUCUUCCGGGGAAACUGCACAGAACUGAAAUACCCAGGGAACGGCUCGUCUCUUACCAUCCCGGAAGGGGAGUCCCUGCGCCUGGUCUGUGUCGCCGACAGCAACCCUCCGGCUACACUGAGCUGGGUCAAGGGGAACCAGACCCUGAGUCCCCUCCAGGCCUCGAGGCCCGGGCUCCUGGAGCUGCCCCGGGUGGAGUCGGAGCAUGAAGGCGAAUUCAUCUGCCAAGCUCAGCAUCCUCGGGGCUCCCUGCGCGUCUCCCUGCACCUCUCUGUGCACUACCCCCCACAGCUGCUGGGACCCUCCUGCUCCUGGGAGGAUGAGGGUCUGCACUGUGGCUGCUCCUCCCGAGCCCAGCCGGCCCCCUCCCUGCGCUGGCGGCUGGGGGAGCGUCUGCUGGAGGGGAACAGCAGCAACGCCUCCUUCAUCAUCACCUCCAGCUCCUCUGGGCCCUGGGCCAACAGCUCCCUGAGCCUCAUCGAGGGGCUCAGCUCCGGCCUCAGAGUCAGCUGCGAGGCCACGAAUGUCCACGGGGCCCGGAGCAUGACUGUCCUGCUGCUGCCAGGGAAGCCCGAGCUCGGGGAAGGAUUCGUUUUGGGGGCUUUCGGGGGAGCUGGUGUUGCCGGCCUGCUCAGUCUCUGCACCUGUGUCCUCUUCCUCAUAGUGAAGACCUGCAGGAAGGCGACACCCGAGGCGGCAGCUGGUGAGGAUGCCCCCUCCAGGCUGGGUCCUAUCUCCCCGGCUGACCAAUACGAGUGCCUGCCAGGCAGCUCCCUAGACCGCCUGCCCCCAGCUGUGGCCGCCCCGGGCAUGGGAGAGGAGGAGGAGCUCCACUACGCCUCCCUCACUUUCUGCGAGCUGAGGCCCCGGGAGCCCUGUGACCAGGAGGCCACCAGCACCACUGAGUACUGUGAGGUCAAGAUCCGCAAAUGACGGCCCCAGCUCCAGCGGCCUCAGCCGGAGGACUCGGGGCUUCCCCGGGAAGGGGGACCUCAGGGGCCAAUCCCUGAGGGUGCAGGUCUCUAUGUAAACGGGCUGCCAGUGAGUGUACGGGAGUCACACUAGUGUGGUGACUGGUGGGCAGAACUGGGCUCAGAUUUCAGCCCCGUCACCAAUUACAAGCGUGAGUUUGAGCAAGUCCCCGGACCUCUCAGCGUUCCUCUCUGUAGAAUGGACACAACCAACCUACCCCACAGGGUGGCUGUGGGGCGUCGAGGCAGUCAUUAACCCAAGGCAUCCGACAGGGUGCGUGGGCAGAGGGCACGGUGCCCGAGGCCACACCUCCCAGGGCAGCUGGGCUGGUGUACGGGUGCCGCCAUCCUGGCCCAAAUGGGGGCCACCCAGCAGGUCUGUUCUAGCUCAGAGCUCCCCACAGGCCGGUCUUCGGCUGUCGUCGGGCUGCGUCGCCGCUCGGUUCUCCCUCUGGGCCACCUGCCUCCUCCUCCUCCUCCUCCUCUCCAGGGGACGACCCCUGGGGCACCUCCUCGUGGACGCCCUGCCGGCCGGGCUCUCUCACCGCCUCCUUCCUGGAAACCCAACUCGGGUAUUUUACCCCACAGAGAGCCACUCACUGAGUAUCUGAAAUAAAUGAAGGGCCAUCCAGAUUACAUAGCUCUCUCUUUAAUUAUACGUCCCCGAUGUUUUGGUUCCCUUUAAUGGCUUCUUCUUUUUGCAGAAUUUGUUCAUAAAAUUCCUUGCAGUUACAA